ACGUCUUCCGUCGGCUUGAGCUACCAUACAGACGUCAGUGACUGUAUGCUGCCGUGAAGAUGGCGGAGGCUGCGGCGGCACCACAAAACCGUUUUUUCUGUCACUGUUGUAAAGGUGAAAUCGACCCUAAACUCCCGGAAUUCACAUGCCCCAGGUGUGAGUCCGAUUUCAUUGAGGAGGUGACAGAAGACUCCAGUCUCUUGGAGAACAGCAGCACUGCAGAGGCCAAUGAUGAUGCAGGCACACUCUUUUCAGAGCUGUGGCAGCUGCUGUUUAUGGAACGCUCUGCUCUUCUCUUGGAUCCCUCCACCUCUGAGUCUGAGUCUGACCAGAGCCAUCUACAGGCUGCCACAGUGGAGGAAGACGUAGAGGGCCCUUCUGAACUGCCUGUGGCCUCUAUGGGAGGCACAGAUCCUUUAGUGCCUGAAGCGGAACGCCCCUCUCGUCCACCUAGCCAGGGGAGGCGACAGUCCCACACGCCAGCAGUGGAGGGUAUUGUGCAGCAGUUUUUGGCUGGUCUGUUUGCCAACAAUGGAAAUCCAGGCAUCGCACCAGCUGCACUGUCUGGCAUGCUCCAUUCAAAUCCAGGGGACUAUGCCUGGGGUCAGGGAGGUCUAGACGCAGUUAUCACAGAGUUGUUAGGUCAGUUUGAGGGCACAGGACCACCUCCUGCAGAGAAGGAGAUGAUCUCAUCCCUCCCCACAGUCAACGUCUCUCAAGAACAGACAGAUAGCAGACUGGAGUGUCCAGUAUGUAGGGAGGAGUACUCCAAGGGAGAGUCUGUCAAACAGCUGCCCUGCCUCCAUUAUUUCCACAGUGACUGCAUAGUGCCAUGGCUUGAACUGCACGAUACCUGUCCUGUGUGUCGUAAAAGUCUUGACGGCGUCGACCAGAGCAUCCAGCCCCCACCAGAACCCCCAGAGCCCCUCUCCAUCAGGACAGACCCUCAGGAGGAGAGACAGGCUAUUUGAUUAGGCCUCCCUCUCUUCUACCUGUCUGGCAUCUCUUCUUCCCUUUACUCCUGAACGAGGCUCAUCUCUAUCCUCAUGCCUCGUCUUUGACCAUGCGUUUAUUGAAGGGACAUAUUUCAAUUCACCUGUGCCUCAUUGUCAAAAUUCAACUCUCCUCAAAAAUUCACUUCACAAUGCAUUUACUAGGGAACUUUGAUUGACUUUAAAAAGAUCCAAUAUGCCUGGAGUAUCACCUCACCUGUAAAUGGUUCCAACUGUUUUCUGACUGUUUUAAAAUGUUAUGGAUUCGAUUUGUCCCUUCGUAGUGGUAUUUCCCGCAGUGUUCUGAUUGGCUCUCAUUUUGUAUUCAAACCACAUGAACUGACAUCCUUGAGCCACAGGGAAGUGACAAAUGUGAUGAAAUUCAAUAAAUUGGGGGAAAUCCUAAAAGGUGAGCUGAACUCACUCUCUAGCUCUGGGCUAGAUAAUUUGCCCACUGUUCUCUCCGGCAUCUUUGGUUGCGUCCCAAUAAUCUCUCCUUUCUCCUGAAGGGUACACUUGUUCACUUCAUGGAUUUGAAAGGAAAUGACAGGUAUAUGGAAACUCCUUCCAGUCCAUGAAUGCUACACCAAUCCAAUGCUUUUACAUUUGUGGGGACUAGUGAACGAGUGCACACGUCCGUAGGAAGGAGAGGUUAUUGCAGAUUCAAAUAAUCAAAGCUGGAUGAUUAGUUGAUUAUUUGAGGGCAAAAAACAAAAUGUGCCCUUGGGGUCCCCAGGGCCGAGUUUGGGAAACCCGGGGUUUGGGAAACCCGGGGUUAUUGGAACGAAAAUACUGAGAAUCUCAAUUGCAUACUCCUCACGUCCUCUCUCCUCGCCUCCUUAUCAAAACCUAUUGGAGGAGAAGGCCAGAGGGGUGGGACAUCUGGCUUUCUCAUCCAAUGGGUUUUGAGGAUGCGAGGAGAAGACGCGAGGAGUACGCAAUUCAAAUUUUCCCAUCUCCCGCUUCCUCUUAAUCUCAUAUAGCAGUAUUUGUUAAUAAUGUCCACCUCUCUUUAUGGCCCCAAUUAAACCCUAAUACUGUGUUCUUUACACUAUCCACUUCCUUCAUGUUCUAACUUUAUGCACUUUUCUAAUGCAUUAGUCUUUUGCCUCUUUCAAUCAUUCUGUUUUUAAUACGUACAAGUCACAGCAAAAUAAUAAAUAUGUUUUUAGUAUUUGAUAAAUUAUGAUGGGCCUAUAUAUGUAUUGGUAUGUAUAUAUGAUAUAUGUGUAUAUACAUGUAGAGUACCCGUCAAGAGUUUGGACACCUACUAAUUUAAGGGUUUUUCUUUAUUUUUACUAUUUUCUACAUUUUAGAAUAAUAGUGAAGACAUCAAAACUAUGAAAUAACACAUAUGGAAUUAUGUAGUAACCAAAAAAGUGUUAAACAAAUCCAAAUAUAUUUUAGAUUUGACAUUCUUCAAAGUAGCCACCCUUUGCCUUGAUGACAGCUUUGCACACUCUUGGCAUUCUCUCAACCAGCUCCAUGAGGUAGUCACCUGGAAUGCAUUUCAAUUAACAGGCGUGCCUUGUUAAUUUGUAGAACUUCUUUCCUUCUAAAGUGUUUGAGCCAAUCAGUUGUGUUGUGACAAGGUAGGGGUGGUAUACAGAAGAUAGCCCUAUUUGGUAAAAGACCAAGUCCAUAUUAUGGCAAGAACAGUUCAAAUAAGCAAAGAGAAACGACAGUCCAUCAGUCCAACUUUGAAAGUUUCAAAAGCUUCAAGUGCAGUCACAAAAACCAUCAAGCGCUAUGAUGAAACUGUCUCUCAUGAGGACCGCCACAGGAAAGGAAGACCCAGAGUUAUCUCUGCUGCAGAGGAUAAAUUAAUUAGAGUUACCAGCCUCAGAAAUUGCAGCUCAAAUAAAUGCUUCACAGAGUUCAAGUAACAGACACAUCUAAACAUCAACUGUUCAGAGGAAACUGCGUGAAUCAGGCCUUCAUGGUUGAAUCGCUGCAAAGAAACCACUACUAAAGGACACCAAUAAGAAGAAGAGACUUGCUUGGGCCAAGAAACACAAGCAAUGGACAUUAGAAUGGUGGAAAUCUGUCCUUGGUCUGAUGAGUCCAAAUUUGAAAUGAUUGGUUCCUACCGCCAUGUCUUUGUGAGACGCAGAGUAGGUGAAUGGAUGAUCUCUGCAUGUGUGGUUCCCACCGUGAAGCAUGGAGGAGGAGGUGUGAUGUGGGGAGCUGCUUUGCUGGUGACACUGUGAUUUAUUUAGAAUUCAAUUCACACUUAACCACCAUUCUGCAGCUAUACACCAUCCCAUCUUGUUUUCACUUAGUUGGACUAUCAUUUGUUUUUCAACAGGACAAUGACCCAACACACCUCCAGGUUGUGUAAGGGCUAUUUGACCAAGAAGGAGAGUGAUGGAGUGCUGCAUCAGAUGACCUGGCCUCCACAAUCACCUGACCUCAACCCAAUUGAGAUGGUUUGGGAUGAGUUGGCCCGCAGAGUGAAGGAAAAGCAGCCAACAAGUGCUCAGCAUAUGUGGGAACUCCUUCAAGACUGCUGGAAAAGCAUUCCCGGUGAAGCUGGUUGAUGCCAAGAGUGUACAAAGCUGUCAUCAAGGCAAAGGGUGGCAACUUUGAAGAAUCUAAAAUAUAUUUUGCUUUGUUUAACACUUUAUUGGUUACUACAUGAUUCCAUGUGUUAUUUCAUAGUUGUGAUGUCUUCACUAUUAUUCUACAAUGUAGAAAAUAGUAAAAAUAAAGAAAACCCUUGAAUGAGUAGGUGUGUCCAGACUUUUGACUGAUACUGUAUAUGUUUGUUAACGAAUACAUCCGAUUGGCAAUGAGGUGAUAAGAUUGAAGAUAAUAAAAAUGGUCAAAUUCAUAAA